AUGCGUGAGAAGACAUACGAGAGUCUCAAAGCCACAGAUGGCAACAGCCAUUCUGGACCCCUCACCUCCGUGACGGGCAUCUCCAUCUUAACCAGACAGAGUAAGAAUGGCCAAACAGAGAAAGAAGCAGCCGAUGAAGUGUACUUCAUACAAGUGCUAUCAAAGCUCGGGAGCUGGGAUGACUACCGCAUGUCUACAUGGCAAAUCUACAUUGAAAUCAUCUGCCAAUCAGAUCCCUUCCUGAUCCUGAUAUGUCGUCUAUUCGACAGGGAUUUUGGCUGCCAAGACUUGGCGUGUGUCGUUGAAACCGAAGACCAUUUGAUAUGUGAGUGGUUAGGAUCCCGGCGAUAUCCGCAUUGA